GGCAGCCGAACAGCAAGCCAGCCGAACAAAUCGUAUUAUUAAGCUACCUUUUCGAAACAAGUUUCAAAAAUGCGCAAAAAAUAAAUCUUUAAUAUUAUUCAACCCUAGCAGGCUGCCAAAGCUGUCAGCCCUCAGAAUUUUUGUCGAUGACAAUAACUUUGUUUGACAUCAUAAAAAAAAAAAUCCACUGAAAAAAUACAGUUCUUUGGAAAUUUUUUAUGCGUGUUAUCAAGUCAAAUAAUUUUAGUCGCAUAAAUAGUGGAUUAUAAGUUUUUGAUUGUGAAAUAAAAUUACUUUGAAAGAGGAAGUUGAGUGAAUAGGGUUAAAAAUAAGCGUCAAUAGUGAAUUUUUAACGCUCAACAUUAACACAUUGACAUUAUAAACGCUAUACAACUUUGAUCAGUUUAUUGUUAUCUUAAAUAAGUAAUGAUAAUUAAACAUUGAAAAUGUCACAAAAUUUUGACAUUUUGAGUGAACAUACAACACCAGUGAAUCAAGAGUUUGUCAUUACAUUAACAAAGGACAAUUACAAGAGCAUCGACUAUGAAACGAGAAAAACUGGCAAAAUCUUAAAAUUUUCACAAACUUUGAAUUUUGAUGACAUUUGGUUUAGUUUUAUGAACUUAAAUCCUAAAGAUUACCCGAAUGCAUUUAUUUUUAUUAUCGAUUCAACACAAAACAAAGACAUUUCGUAUUUUAUCAACAUUUUGAAAGACCUUUUAAUCAAUUUUCAUAAUAACCGAUCAAUAAUUAUUCAGUUGACAUCUAAAACUAAGAAUAGAACAAAAAUUUACUACAAAGAACUAGAAAAUGUGGAUUUUUGUGAAAUUGAGUCCAGUGAUUUUGAAGACAGUUUUUCAUCAUUCUUUAGAUUUAAUUUAAAUAAAACUGAAAAUUUGCAAAGUUUAAAGGACAAAAGUUUUAAAGACAUCCAAAAAAGUUCACUAAUUCCAAAAUUUAUCAGAACUUUAGAGCUUCCUGAAGAAUUUAUAGACAGUCUGGUCCUAAAGUGUGCAGCUGAGGGUUCAAAAUCUGACUUUUUGGCUAUAGCUGAUGGAUAUCUUGACGAUGAAGGAAACAUUUUUGGGAAUAAUUUAAAAUGGUAUUUAAGUUGUGAAUUUAACUCAACAUCAGUUCUUAUGACAGCAAUUGAGCAUUUAAAUAAGCCAAUAAUUAACUUUUUGAUCAAAGAAUGCUCAACUUAUAUUCAACAGCUUCCAUUUGAGCAUAAACUUGCCAUAUCUUCAUCAACUUUUGGCACAAACAAGAUUAAUGAAUUGUGUGAUUUAUUGGAAUUAGCUGAUUUUCCAUUUCCUUGUAAUAUAAACAUCGGAAAAUAUAACACAAGACUUCAAGCAAUUAUUGAUGAUCGACAAAUAUUUUUUGAGCAUAUUAACGCUGAAAAUAAGGAACAAAUUGAAAACUUUGCAAAAAAAUAUCCAAAUUUAAAAUUUGCAAAUAAUUUGGAUAAUAAAUCAGCUUUAAGUUAUGCUUUGGACCUCAAAAAGUAUCUGGCAUUUACUUUACUUAUAUCAUUAAGUUUUCGUGAUAUUCAAAUCGAAGAUGGUUCAAAUGAUGCUACCAAAAAAGAGGAAACUGAGAGAGUUGCCGGCAGACGAAGAGACAAAAUCGUAGACAUAUCCAAGAAUAAUAAUUUUAACUCAGUGUUAAUCCUGAUAAAAAGAUCACAACUUUAUCAUUUCGACAAAAGCAACGAAGCCGAGCAGCGUUCAAAAAUCAAAGAAUGGUUAGAGGACAUUUAUAAAACUAGAUAUGGUUCUAAACUACUUGAUGCUGCAGCUCAAUGUAACAAUAUUAAGAUGAUUUUUGACUUUGAGUGUGAUUUGACUCUAAGUGCUGGACCCUCAUCGUCCUCAUAUACCCAUGGAUCAACGUAUCCAUUCAGCAAAUGGAUCUUUAUCGGAGCCAAAUCCACCGGAGAAAAGAGUCACGAUCAAAGGAUCAAAGGAGUCAUAGCUCAUGAAAUUUGUCAUUGUGUGAUGCGAUUGGUCUUUGAAAAUAACGAUAAUCCUUACUAUGGAUACGAUAAAUAUGCUAAAGAUAAAUUUGAUGAAGUUGUUGCUGAAGUUGAAUCAAUUUUAGAUGAUUCAAAGAACAAAAAUGCAGAGAAUGGAAGCAAUAACCAAGAAGACUUCGAUAAAUGCGAUGGAAUAAUUUCAUCAGUUUACAGUCUUUAUGGAAAAAGAGAUUGGCAUUCAGAAUUAAUUGUACGGUCCAUACAGAUCCUGGUACAGUUUGAUGAUAACGAGGAAAAAAUUAAGGAAUUGGAGGAGAUGUUUAAACCAUUGUUUGCAUUCUUUGAUCUUUUCGUGUUCUCAGAAUUGGAACGAUUUAAUUUGAAAAAACGAAAACAAGUUAAAAAAUUCAAUAAGAUUGCAGGGCUUUUAAAUAAGAUCGACGAUUUAAAUGUUGAAUUGAUAAAACCAAGCAACUUGAAUCUGCUGUUAGAACACCAACUGACUAUUGUCACAACAAAUGCACCAAAAAUAUUUCUUACCAACAUCAGGAAUUGUCUCAAUGAUAAGUUUGAGGACAUGUUUAAUAUGCGAAAUAUUUUCAUUGGAAGCAAUGUAUUGGAGAAUAGUUCCACAUAUGAAAGUUUCAAAGAAAUCAUUAAUCAAGAUCAGCCAUUGAAUAUUAUUGUGGAAUGCUCGAAGGAAUUUGAAAAAAUCAUUGACUUUGUUGGAACUAAGCACACAUAUGUUUUUGUUGUAUCUAGCGAUAUCCAGCAUGAGGAAUUAAGUAAAAUGCUGGACUCAAGAAAACUAAAUACUAAAAAGUUUAUGGAAAUCUACAACUGGAUGGAUCUUACAGCUGAAUGUAAAAGCUGUUUGCUUCAAAUCAAAGUUAAUUUCCAAAAUAAUUCAAUAUUUUCACUGUUGGACAUGAUGAAAAGCAAUAAAGAUGAUGAAGAUGAUGAAGAUGAUGAUGAAGAACUAAAAACAGGCUUUGACGAUAUUGUUGAUGACAAGUUAUUGAACUUGAUGCUUGAAAAGUCCAGAAUUGUGAUUAAUUCACAUUCUGAGGAAGAUUUAAGUGACGAACAUUUUAAAAUGUUGUUUCAGCCCAGAACAUUUUCUAAAAUAUCAAAAGAUAAAGAUGACAAGAAAAUUGUACAGGACGAGAUGCUCGAGAUUUCAAAAAAUUCAGCAAUUGUCUUGAUCGCAGACAAAGCUGGCUCCGGUAAAAGUUGGAUCCUCAAAACCUUUGCCAAUAAACUUGCAGAAAUAUAUCCGAAAAUUUGGAUAAACUAUGUUGAUUUAAAAGAGUUUAUUCGAGAAUUCAAAGCACAGCCAACAGAAUUGGAGUUUACAUCCUUUAUGAUUGAGAUGAUUCUCAAGUUGGACAAAAAAUACGAAGCUGAAAUCUUCAAAAAACUCUACAAAAAUGGCAAAGUUUGCAUUCUUUUUGAUGGAUUUGAUGAAAUUGCUCCCGACUGUGCUGAAUUUGUCACCAAAUUGUUCCAGUCAUUUCAACAAAAUGGCGGAAAUCAGCUGUUUAUUGCAACAAGAGAUAAUUUCGAUGUGGAUUUGAUGCAAAGGUUAGGACUUGACGCUGUUUAUAAGCUGGAUGAGUUUACUGAUGAAGAUGGAGUCAAUUUGAUUGCUGCAAGUUGGCUGCUUGAUGAACUGCACAUUGAAGGUGAUAAUUGCAACGAAAUGUUUGCUGAAAAACAAGAAGAAAAAUUGAAAAGUUACAAAUCGUUAGCUAAAAAAUUAAUAGAAAAAGUUCGAAAGCCUCAAAUCGAUUCAAUUGGAUUGCCGCACUUUUACAAAAUGAUUGCUGAUAUUUCAUCAAAGCAAAAGGAUUUAGCUUCGAAUUCUACAACAUUAGAAAUAUUUGAUCAAUACAUGGAAAUUCAACACGUGAGAUGGUCACAGAAGACAAGUCAACACUUGGGUUUAAAUUUCCAUAAACUUCAUCAACUGAUUGCAAUGGAAAGUUUAUUUCCUGAUGAUUCUGAAAUUGGUAGUCUUUGUCGCAAAGAACUGACAAAAUGGAUAGAAGAAGGAGUCAUGUUGAGUAAAAAGUUGGAAAAAUUUAUAUUUUCACAUGAAACAUUCCGAGAAUAUUAUGCUGCAAAGUACAUUUUAGACAUGUUGAUAAGAUGGAAACCAAACCACAAAAGUGUCUGCAAUUAUUUUUUCCAAUUUUUGACCAUCAAAAAAUAUGAAGUAAUUCGAAUAUUCUUAAACGAUGCUUUAGGAGAUGAAAAAGUUUCACAAAACAUUAAAGCAAACUUAGUUGGAAUUUCUAGGAACGUUGAAGAAAAUAUUGAAGAGUUUGUAAAUUCAUCAGUUUUGUACGAUGAAAAUUUACUACAUUUUGUCAUCAAAAUUUUUACAAAAUUGGGCCAUGAAAAAGUCAAAAAUAUUUUAAGAAAUAAUACAAAAAUUACUUUAAUGGCUGCAAAGCACAAAAGUCUAUUCAUUCAAAUUCGAAAUAAAAUUUUUGAUCUUUUUGACAAAGAUGAAUUAAAAAGUUUUCUGUUAAAAAAUGGAAUUUUUUUAUCAAUAAUCACAUCAAUUCCUGAUAAGGAAGAUACAAAUGAGUUUUUGGGCAAUUUAGAACAGAAAAUUAAUCCUCAAUUUGUUAAAGAAGCGUUAAAAAUGGAAGAUGCGAAAGAAAAAAAUAUAAUUAAUUAUCUUAAUCAAUCACAAGAAUCAAAUGUUAACAAAUCUAAUCAAAUAUUUGAAAUAAUUUUCGAAAGAUUAAGAGUCGACGAGAUAAUUACAUUAUUAGAAAACGGUAUUAAGCAUACUAAUGUUGAGCAUAUGAAAUUCAUUUGGAAAAUAUUGGAAAAAUUAAUGGAAUCUGAAAAGUUUCGUCCUUACUUAAUUGAAUGUCUAAGUCGUUCAAGAUAUCAAAAUAACAUUCUUCGUGUGGCUGCAAAGUGUUAUCAAUUUGAGUUUCAUCAAAAAAUGUGGCAAAUUUUAUUAAAUAAUUUUGAAAAUCGAGAUGAUCUGAAAAAAUUGAUCAUGCAAGUCGAUAAAUAUGGAAACAAUUUUGUUCAUUGUCUUGUAAUUGCUGAUGAACCAGAAAUAAUUGAGUUAACAAUCAAUAAAAUUAGAGAAAACUUUAGCAAUGAUCAAUAUAAAGAAAUUCUAAUGUCAAUAGGACAUUCAGGGAGAAAUUUACUUCAACAAGCUGCAUAUGCAUCAAAAAACAUCAAAACGCACCAAAUUUUGUGGAAGAUAUUUCGAGAUUUUUGCAAAUCUGAUAAAGAAUUUUUGGAAUUUCUCAAAGAAAUUGACGAUCAAAAUAACAACGUCUUUCAUCUUGCUGCAAGCUUCACGCCAAAAGAAAUUGCUGAAUUUAUGAUCAAUGAACUAGAAAAAAUUGCACCAAAAGAAGAAAUUAGAAACAUUUUAAGCACAUUAGGAACGUGGGAAAACAAUUUAUUGCAGGCAGCAGUAAGGCACAAUGAGUCAGUAGAACUUCACAAAUAUUUUUGGACAAUUAUUAAGAAAUAUUUCAAUUCACAAGAAAUCUUGGACGUGAUUAACAACAAUCUCUUCAACUAUGCUGUUAAGUUUAAUACAAAAGAGAUUUUGGAACUGACUUGGAAUCAAAUUAAAAAAUUUUUUAAUACACUUGAGAAUGACUCAUCAAUUCUGGAUUAUUUACAAUGUGUCAUUAAAAAUGAUAAUCGUAUUUUACAUUUUUUAUUUGAAAAUGAAGAUUUUGACAAGAUAAAUUAUUUUUGGAUGCAGCUGGGAAGCAUUUUUACAAAAGAUCAAGUUAAAAAUAUUUUAAGCUCCAAAGGAUUUUUAAACAAAAGUUUAUUGCAGUCUUUAGCAAGAUUUAACAAAUCACUUAAAUUUCACGAAUUUUUGUGGCCAAUCUAUCGAAAAUACUUUGAUAAUUCAGAAAUGAUCGACUUUAUAAAGCACAAGGACGUCGUUGGAUAUGAUCUUUUCAUUCAUGCUUUAGAAUACAACACAAAAGAAGUUGUCAUGUUUAUUUGGAAUCAAGUAAGAGAAGUUUUAGUUCCUGAUGAAAAUUUCAAUCAGAAAUUGUCGGAUCAGUUGAAGGAAUUUGAAGAUUAUUUGGCGAUUGCUUUGGAAAAUCCUUCAGAUAUGAAAAAAUUGGAAAAGAUGAAUGAAAAGUGGAACAAACUGAUUAAAGACUUUGAGCAACUUGAUUCACAAAUGCGAAUGGAUCAAAUCUUAAAAGAGGAAAUUCCAGUUAAAAAUAUCAAAAAUUUGUGUCCUUUUGCAUUGUGUGAAAAACUUGAAAAUCAUGAAAAAUUGUGGAAAAUCUUGUUGAAUUCUUUUGAAAAUAAAGACGAAUUAAAAGAAUUAUUGCUUCGUAAGAAUAUUGAGUCCAACAACUACUUGCAUAUCCUGGUAACCAAUGACAAUUCCGACAUAAUUGAAUUCACAUUUGACAUCCUUAACAGUUACUUCCGCGAUGAUCAGUUCGAAGAAAUUUUAAAUUCAAAAGGACAAUUCGACAUGAAUUUACUUCAAAUGGCUGCAAAAAUGUCAAAAAACAUCAAAACGCACCAAAUUUUGUGGAAAAUAUUUCGAGAUUUUUUCAAAUGUUUUAAAGAAUUUUUGGAAUUUCUCAAGCAAGUUGACGAUCAAAAUAACAACGUCUUUCAUAUUGCUGCAUGCUUCACGUCAAAAGAAAUUGCUGAAUUUAUGAUCAAUGAACUAGAAAAAUACGCAUCAAAGGAAGAAAUUAGAAACAUUUUAAGCAUAUUUGGAAUGAGGGAAAACAAUUUAUUGCAGGCUGCAGUUAGGCAGAACAAGUCAGUUGAACUUAAAAAAUAUUUGUGGACAAUUAUUAAGAAAUAUUUCAAUUCACAAGAAAUCUUGAACAUGAUUAGUCAUACUAAUGCACUUGGAAAUAAUCUUCUCAACUGUGCUGUUGUGUUUAACACAAAAGAGAUUUUGGAACUGACUUGGAAUCCAAUUAUAAAAUUUUUUAAUACACUUGAGAUUGACUUAUCAACUCUGGAUUAUUUACAGUGUGUCGAUAAAUUUGGAAAGAAUAUUUCACAUAUUUUAUUUGAAAAUAAAGAUGUUGAAAAGGUAAAUUAUUUUUGGAUGCAGAUGGAAAGCAUUUUUACAAAAGAUCAAGUCAAAGAAAUUUUAAACUCCAAAGGUUAUUUAAACCGAAGUUUAUUGCAUACAGCAACAACUGAAAACAAAUCAGUUAAAGUUUACGAAUUUUUGUGGCAAAUCUAUCGAAAAUACUUUGAUAAUUCAAAAAUGAUCGACUUUAUAAAGCACACGGACGAAAUUAGAUAUAAUCUUUUCAUUGAUGCUUUAGAAUACAACACAAAAGAAGUUGUCAUGUUUAUUUGGAAUCAAGUAAGAGAAGUUUUAGUUCCUGAUGAAAAUUUCAAUCAAAAAUUGUUGGAUCAGUUGAAGGAAUUUGAAGAUUAUUUGGCGAUUGAUUUGGAAAAUCCUUCAGAUAUGAAAAAAUAUGAAAAGACGAAUGAAAAGUGGAAAAAACUGAUUAAAGACUUUGAGCAUCAAAUUCGAAUGGAUCAAAUCUUAAAAGAGGAAAUUUCAGUUAAAAAUAUCAAAAAUUUGUUUCCUUUUGCAUUGUGUGAAAAACUUGAAAAUCAUGAAAAAUUGUGGAAAAUCUUGUUGAAUUCUAUUGAAAAUAAAGACGAAUUAAAAGAAUUAUUGCUUCGUAAGGAUACUGAUUUCAACAACUACCUGCGUAUCCUGGUAACCAAUGACAAUUCCGACAUAAUUGAAUUCACAUUUGACAUCCUUAACAGUUACUUCCGCGAUGAUCAGUUCGAAGAAAUUGUAAAUGCAAAAGGACAAUUGGACAUGAAUUUACUUCAAAUGGCUGCAAAAAUGUCAAAAAACAUCAAAACUCAUCAAAUUUUGUGGAAGAUAUUUCGAGAUUUUUGCAAAUCUGAUAAAGAAUUUUUGGAAUUUCUCAAGCAAGUUGACGAUCAAAAUAACAACGUCUUUCAUCUUGCUGCAAGCUUCACGCCAAAAGAAAUUGCUGAAUUUAUGAUCAAUGAACUAGAAAAAUACGCAUCAAAGGAAGAAAUUAGAAACAUUUUAAGCACAUUAGGAAUGGCGAAGAGAAAUUUAUUGCAGGCAGCAGUUUUGCUAAACGAGUCAGUUGAACUUCAUAAAUAUUUGUGGACAAUUAUUAAGAAAUAUUUAAAUUCACAAGAAAUCUUAGACAUGAUUAAUCAUGCUGAUGAAAAUGGAGAAAAUCUUUUAUUAUUUGCUGUUGAGCGGAAAAUGGAAGAAAUUCAGCACAAUUUUGAUUUAACCGAGAGUAAAAUGAUUCAAGAAAAUUUAUGUCAAACAAACGAGAAAAAUCAAAACAUUCUUCACAUUUCAAUUGAUUGCAAGGAUUUAGAAACAUUUGAAUGCUGGUGGAACAAGUUGGAAAAACAUUUAACAAGACAACAAAUCCUGGAAAUCUUGCGUCAAAAAACAUCUGAUAAUGAAAAAAAUAUUUUUCAUUAUGCUGCAAAAUAUGAUGACUUUGAAUUUCAAGUGGCGUUUUGGACACUUUUACUCAAAACAAUUGUCUAUCGAGUUGAAUUGAAACAAUUUAUACUUAAAGAGGAUGCAUAUAGAAAUAAUUUUGUUCAUGAACUCUUGAGAGUCCAAAAAAACUUGAAAAUUGUUGAGUUAACAUUCAAUAUUUUAAAGCAAUUCUUUCGGAGUUCUCAAUUUAUCGAAAUAUUGUUCUCAAAAGGAUUACGAAAAAUGAAUUUGCUGCAAUCAGCUUUGUUUUGGUCAAAUGAUGUAGAAGUUCAUCAAUUUUUAUGGAAAUUUAUUUCUGAUUUCUUCAAAAAUAAUGAAGAUUUUUUGAUUUUUUGCAACCAUUUGAACGAAUUUGGUCAAAACAUUCUUCAUAUUGCUUCAUUAAAUUCAUCAAGUAAUGUUUUCGAGUUUAUCAUGCAUAAAUUAAAAGAAAAAUUAACAACCGAUCAAAUAAAAAAUAUGCUAAAGCAAGUUGAUUUUAAGAACCAAAAUAUCCUACAAUUGGCUGCAUACUGGAACACUUCAUUGGAAUUUCAUCAACAAUUAUGGAAAAUAAUAAAGAUUCAUUUAACUUCAUUUGAAAUAAAAGAGUUGAUCCUUAACAUUGAUGCAUUUGAAAAUAAUCUUAUUUCAACGGUUGUUGAGAAAAACACAGUUGAAAUUAUCGAUUUAACGUGCAGCAACAUUCAAUGUUUCCUGCAUCACGAUGAGCAGAUUGAAUAUCUAAAGAAUCCAAAAUUAAAUAAUCAUCGAAUUCGAUUUGCUUCUGAUGGAAGUCUUAAAAGUUAUUAUUCUUUCGAUGAAACUAUAAAGCACAAGAUAAGAACUGACGAAAUAUUACAACAACAGUUAUGUCCAGAUGAAUGUAACACUAAACAAAUCGAUGGGGCCUUAAAUAAAGACGAUAAUACUGUCAAGAUCAUAUGGAGAACCAAUUUAAACCCAAACAAUUUUUACAUUGUAAUCGAUGACAAAAAGCUGAUUGAAGUUUGCAGAAGUUUCAUUAUUAAUGAGAUUAAAGGAGAAGUCACAACAUUGCUAGAUAAUUCAAAUGUUCUUCAGCAUGAACAACUUCAAAUACAGCAAAUAAUAAGUGAUACUGGAUGUAAUCUUCUCAUAUUUGCUGUAAAAGGAAAUCAUCAUGAUGCCAUAGGAAAUUUUAUAGCUUAUAAUUUUGACAUCAACCAUGAAGAUAACGACAAUUUAAAUGCAAUUGAUCAUGCAUGGAUAAACUACAAGAAAUCAAAGGAUAUGGACGUUAAAAUGAAGAUUGAGUCGACAAUGUUAAAUCUUUUAAAUGCUAAUUCAAAGUUUCCAAAGAAGAAAUUGGGCUUUAAUUUCGUUGAAUCACCACAAAACUUAAAAGAUUUUAUCAUAAAAUGUGAAGACUUUCAUCAGGAUUUAGCUAGCAAUAAACAGAUCAGUUUUUAUGACUUUCCCAACAAAAACUUGCGUCACUAUUACGACAGGAACAACGAAUCACUGCUCUUGCAUGCUUUAAAGCGUCGCAAUACAGAAUUCAUCAGUAAAUUUAGCAAUAUUUUGUCGAUUGGAAUCAAUGAAGUUUAUUAUGAGCUGACCAGAGAUCCCAGAACAGAAUUCAUUUCGAAACAAAACAUUCCUAAGCCACACAUCAUACUGCUCAAGUCUAAAUCAGAGAUAUAUGGACAAAACUAUCAUUAUAAGAAAAAUUGGGUGUUUAUUGACAAUAUUUACAAUCUACUCAAUCGAAGUGAUAUUUGCUCAAAAGUUCUGAAGAUUGCUGCUGAAAAUAAGUCACUGAAAAUCUUUUUUGUACCUAAAGAUAACAAAUUUGACUUUGAUGCAGUUAAAGCUAAAGCUCAAGAUGACAUAUCGAUGUUAUUCACUAAUAAACAUGUUUACAUAACAGCAAAUAUAGUCAUAGAAGAAGAAUGCUUGCCAUGCAAUUCCGCAUCACUUGAAGAUGAGCUUAAAGUAGCAAAUGAUGUAAUUGAGAAGUUAUGUCAUGUCGUUAUUUCAAUGUUGUGCUUAAAUUCCUUUAAAAUUGAUAAAUCGGCUAUGAAAACAUCCAAAAAUGAAAGUGGAAAUGCACAGGAUAUAGAAAGCACAGUAAGGAACGUUUUCAAUUCAUCAUCACUUGAUUAUUUCCUAACUCUCGACACUGGAGACAUAAUUUACACCUUUAGGACUUUACAAAACGAUGAUGCAGACAUUAAGUUUGAAAGUUUGCCAGAACCGAUGCAGAAAAGAAUAACGAGUUCAGAAAUCAAUUUUCAAGGGGCAAAAGUAGCAUUAUCGAAUAUAAUUGGAAAUAACUUUGAAAUAUUGAGACAUCUGCCAUCGAAAUUGAUUAAAGACAUUUUAAUAAGAAAUCUAACAAUCAAUAUUGGUGACGAUAUCGUAGCUGACAAUUAUGAUAAAAUAUUUGAUAGAAAACUUUUAAAGCAGUCAAAUAAUCAAUUCAAUUCAUCUAAAAUAUCAUUCCUAGUUGAUGACAUUGGAGCCGGAAAAACAUCAACUUUCAAGAAAAUGUCAGCAAAUCUAAAGCGAGAAUCAGGAUCAACGUGGGUGUCGCUUAUUAAUUUAAAAAGCUCGUCUGAAAUAUUGCAAAAUUAUUUAAGUCAAGACAUUAAAUUAGAAAUCGAAGUUAUUGCCAAAAUUCUGAUGGAAAUUAUCAAAACAAAAUCGCAAUUAGAAUCUGCAGUCUUUGGAAGUCUCUUGCGAAACAAUAAAGUAAUACUUUUGAUUGAUGACAUUGAUAAAAUUAAGCCGAUGCUAAAUGAGCUUUUUAUAAAAGUCAUAACUUGGAUGAAUGAUAAUACAGACAAUAAGUUGUGGAUUGCAACUAGUCCAGUAUUUUUGGAUAAUUAUACAAAAAAGUUUAAGGCAAUAGAAUACAAAUUUGACCCAAAUAAACCUCUAAAUUUAAGUUAUUUCAUGCAUAUCAAUCAUGUAGAUGAAAAUGUUCGCAUUGCUGAUGAUCUAACUUCCUUCAUCAAAGCUCUUGAGGAUCGCAAGAAUAAUAAACAUUACAGCAUAUUAAACUGCGGAAUGAUCCGAGCAAUCGUCCAAGUCUUUGACGAGCAUCAAGCAGAUUUUGAAAAAGAUUCAAUCAACUUUUAUUCAACUUUUGAGAAGGUUUGUGUUAAGCAGCAUGAAAUUUUCAGUGAAUAUUUAUUACAAAAAAACUGCGAUCAAUUUGAAAGCUUACAAAUAUCCAAAGUUCAUCAACUUCAUGCUCUAAUCUUAAUCUUCAAUAAUAAGUAUCCCGAAGUACAGCUUGACAACUUAUCAAUUAUAAAGAAUUGGAAGCGAGAAGGGAAAAAAUGGAUAAAGGAAACAAUUGGACGUUAUGGAUUCAUAUCAUUUGAUGGUGACAUCUUCCAUUUUAUUCAUCAUAGCUACGCUGAGUUCUUUGUGGCUCAAUAUUUAAUAUCAUACAUCUUUAGUGAUGAUUAUUGCAUCAGAGAUGAAGAAUUUGUGAAAAUCUUUGGCAUUUUAAAGUUCAUGACUCAACAUUUUGAUGAUUUUGAGAUCAUUUGCAAGUUUAUUAUUGGAUAUGCAAGAACUAGUGAAUGUGAAGAGCUUCAUGAGACCAUCAGGGACUUGAUUAAGGACAACAUAAAAAGUAUACAAGAUGAUAUAGCUUCUUCUGAUGCUGCAUUAAAUUUGAAAGAAUUUUGGAGAAUAAUUGUUAAAACUGAUAAAGAAUUAUCGGAUUUAUUUAAUGUAAUGACAUAUUAGUAAGUUUUAUAUAUGACGAUCACGUGCAAAGCCACGUUAGGGGGGGGAAGGGGGGGGGGGGGGGGCUGGUGGAAAAUCCCAGUUCGUUUACAGAAUUUUUUUUAUUUUGCUAAGAUUUUUUUUAAAAAAAAAUAAAAAAUCGAAAAAUAAACCCCCAAAGUUUCCCCCCCCCCCCCCCCCCUAAGUAAGCUUUGUAGAUGACGAUCACGUGCAAAGCCAUUAGGGCCAUUUCAUUUUGCUAAGAUUUUUUUUAAAAAAAAUUAAAAAUCGAAAAAUAAACCCCAAAAGUUUUUUGCCCCACCCCCCCUAAGUAAGUUUUAUAGAUGACGAUCUCGUGCAAAGCCAUGAGGGGGGGGGGGGGGCUGGUGGAAAAUCCCAGUUCGUUUACAGAUAUUUUUUCAUUCAAAAAAAUAAAAAAUCGAAAAAUAAACCCCCAAAGUUUUUUGAGACCCCCCCCCUCCCCCCCCCCCCCUUCAACACAUCUUAAAACAAUCAAUUUUUAAUAGCUUAAUAUUCCUAAAAUCAUUUUAUUACUUUAAAAUUGCUUAAUUUUGUUUAUUUUAUUUUAAUCUAAUCAAUAAAAUUUAAAUUUUAUCCCCAAAUUGAUUUAUUAUCUGUUGUUAAAUCACUAAAUCCUUUUACAAAAAUCUUCGACUGGAACCAAAUUUCCUCAACUUUCUCGACCACAACUUCAUGUUCAGAAAUUUUCAGCUCCUCAAAAUCCUCUUGAAACACCUCAAAAUUCGAUGAAUCCGUAAAAUUAAUUAAAAACUUUUUACACGAUUUAUUUAACUUAAAAUUUCUGACUUCAAAUAAAUUUGUACUAAUUUUUUCGUCGUUCCUGCAUCGCCGCUCGUACAGCACAAAAGUGUUUGUCACAGUCAGUGGACUUUCUAGAGCAUCUUUGAGAUCAUCAGACUGAAGAAGUUGAAGAAACACUUUUUUAAUAUUUGAGGUCUCAUUGAUGAAUGUUGGAGUGACAUUUGAGUUUGUGGAUGGAAAGAUGAUUUUGUAAGCUUCCUUUGCAGUUUGUAUUGAUGAUCCGAAGAGGAUGAUGAAGGACUUUGAUGUUGUGAA